AUGACAAUGACAAAUAAAACGCAGCUCACUGAAGCACCCUCCCUUUUUGGUUUGGUAAUGAACAUGUAACGAAACGCAAAAGUGCUUUUGGGUUAUUGUUAUUGAUUGAACUUGUGUAUUCAAAAUAUUCGUAAAAAGCUAUAUUUUUAAAGAAAUAAAAUGUGAAGUGAAGUGAUUGUAUCCCUACGCCAUGUCAGCUAAUGGGAAUGGUGGCUUUUAUGCACCGCUGAAACAAAUUCUGUCCGACUCGGAAUCCGAGGACGAUAAGCUCGAAAAUGCAAUGCAUAUCAAAGCUACGGAUAGUUGCAACAACCUGGACUUCAAUAGUGGCCUACAAUCAUCCAAAAACUACAGCAUAAGUGACAUGGACGAGUUCAAUACCAACGUUAAUACCGUGGAAAGCACAAUGGACAACGUAAGCUUCCUACAGUCUGAUAUAUCGAUGAAGAUGUCUUUCCCGCGCCGGUGCGCGUUCAUCGCUUCUAUACUCAUGUGUAUAUUCACCGUUGUGAUAUUCCUGUGGGGCAUUCCUUGCUCAGAGGUCGGCAGCUGUGCCGCUAAUGAAUGGCAAGAUAGAACAACGAGCUGGGAACUGCCUUAUAACGAAAUGGAACUGUCAGGUGCCGUGCAAGUUGUCGACGGCGCGAUACCUAACACCAAGAACUUGAUAUUCAUAUAUCGCGGCAAUCACAUGAGACUGGAACCCAAAACAAGCAGUGAUAAUGUGAAUGGUGUAGUCCUUAUUGUGGGGAACUCUGGGAAGGUUGGCUGGUUCACCAGGGAGAGCAGAAUACCAACUGAUAUCAACUGCCAUCUACUUGAUGUGAAUAAGGAUAAACAGAAGGACUGCAUAGUGUCAGGGACAGAGGGACUGCUGGCCGCCCUAGACUCUGUGUCUGGUACCUACUACUGGCACAUCCACAAGCAAGGCAAAGACUUGAGUAAGAUCAUGGCUAUUGACUUUCCUGUCAUGGUGAAGGAUAUGAAUGAUGAUAAAGUGAAUGACUUGCUGACUGUUGCCACUGUAUAUCCUAGCACAAAUCAUAACUCUUUGCUCAUGAUAUCUGGUGCAACAGGUAUUAUUAUGGCUGAACCAAUCCCAAUAGAUGAUUGCUUCUCAGUUAAACUUCUAGCAGAGAUGGACACAGUCACAUAUAUUUGCAAGAAUGGUACAACUGAGGCUGUCAGACUCAUCUCAUUCACAGUUUUAAAGAAAAUGCUGAAGAAAGAUCUACCAAUUAACCAUACACAGCCUCCACCUACUGUCCUGAAGAGAGUAAACUUGAGCAUGAAAAAGAAUAUUGGAAACACCAUUGAAACCUUUACAAAUGGUCCAGGAAAGUUGAAAGUGGAAAAUUCAGGAGAAUGUCCUAAUUCUUGCCGAGUAUAUCUAAAGCUGAUGUUGGAGAGGAAUGGCACAACUAAUGUCAGUUGGGAGUAUACAGCAAACAAUGUUUAUGCUAUGAGGCCCAGCUCAUUUGCCUUUGCCAACUCUAUCCGAGGGUUUGUAUUAAAAUUAUGACAGUGGAACAGUGCACACCUGGCAAAGGGUGCACUGAAGAUUGAUGAAGUCAGAUACAAUGUUCAGAAUCAAAGUCCAAAGAACAUUAAUGACAUGUUCUACCGGUCCACUAUAGAUGUUGCAUCAAUAUCGGCUUUCAUUAAAUACA